GCGUGCAGUUUUAUGUGCGCUUAUUCAAAAUGGCGGAAGGUCAAGAUUCUCCGAAAAAGAUAACUCUUACCGUAAAAACUCCAAAGGAAAAACAAACUAUCGAAGUAGAAGAAGAUGCUUCAAUUAAAACAUUUAAGGAAUUAGUAGCGAAAAAAUUUAAUGCGGAACCGGAACAGCUAUGCCUCAUAUUUGCUGGAAAAAUUAUGAAGGAUCAUGAGAAUCUUCGAAACCACAACAUAAAGGAUGGGUUGACUGUGCAUCUCGUGAUUAAGACCACGACACGUUCCUCGAGUGACCAAUCUGGGGCAACACCACCGAGACCACCUGCGGACGUGGGCGCCACGCCGUUCGGCCUGGGCUCGCUGGGCGGCCUGGUCGGGCUGGAGAGUCUGGGCAUGGGCUCGGCCAACUUCAUGGAGCUGCAGCAGCGCAUGCAGCGCGAGCUGCUGGGCAACCCCGACAUGAUGCGCCAGAUCCUGGACAACCCCCUGGUGCAGCGGCUCAUGAACGACCCCGAGAACAUGCGCCAGCUCAUCACCUCCAACCCGCAGAUGCAGGAGCUCAUGGAGCGGAAUCCAGAGAUAAGCCACAUGUUGAACAAUCCUGACCUGCUCCGUCAAACAAUGGAGCUUGCCCGCAAUCCUUCCAUGCUUCAGGAGUUGAUGAGGAACCACGAUCGGGCUCUUUCUAAUCUUGAGUCAAUACCAGGUGGCUACAAUGCUCUACAACGUAUGUAUCGAGAGAUCCAAGAACCAAUGUUAAGUGCAGCAAGUGAGCAGUUCAGUCGAAAUCCAUUUGCAGCUUUAGUGGAAAAUGCAGGAACAGAGGGGGCGAACAACCCCCAGCAGGGCCAGGAGAACCGCUCCCCGCUGCCGAACCCCUGGUCGGCCGGGGGCGGGGGCCCGGAGACGGGGGGCGAGGCCCCGGGCCCGGCGGGCGGCGGCGGCGGCGCUGCUCCCCCGCGGGCUGCGUCCGGACUCCUCAACUCUCCCGGCAUGCAGUCGCUCAUGCAGCAGAUGGUGGAGAACCCUCAGCUGAUGCAGAACAUGCUGUCCGCCCCCUACACGCAGUCCAUGCUGCAGGCGUUCGCUGCGGACCCCAGCAUGGCCUCACAGGUCAUGAGCAGCAACCCCUUGUUCGCCGACAACCCGGCGCUGCAGGAGCAAAUUCGGCUGAUGAUGCCGAACUUGGUGCAGCAGCUCCAGAACCCAGAAGUGCACAACUUGAUGACGAACUCGCAGGCCCUCGAGGCUCUCAUGCAGAUACAGCGAGGCGUGGAGCAGUUGCGAACAGCAGCGCCCAAUCUCGUCACCAGCAUGGGAUUGGGCGGCCCGAUGCCCCCGACAUUCCCCGGCAUGGCUCCCGCGGACGGGGCGUCUGCCCCGACCAGCUCCCCUGCAAGCCCCGCGUCCGCCCCUCCCGCCUCUCCGGCCGCCAGUCCCGGGACCACCACCACCACCAACUCAACCACCACCACCACCACACCCCCCACCACCACUGCCAGCACCCUGCCGCCCCAGCAGGACGUCUUCUCCCAGUUCAUGGCCAGGAUGGUGGCCAGCAUGGCAUCACAAAGUGGCAACAGCAACCAGCCUCCUGAAGAGCGAUACCACACUCAGCUUGAACAACUCACUGCUAUGGGCUUUGUCAACAGGGAUGCCAACCUCCAAGCACUGAUUGCAACUUUUGGCGACAUCAAUGCAGCGGUAGAGAGACUGUUGCAGAGCAGACAGAUGUCUCAGAGCUAACAGCAUCGUUUGAUUGUUUUUUCAAUCUGUACAGUUACAACACAACAAAGGUUCUAUAUUAUAUAUGAAUAUAUAUACAGAUUUUACUACAGUGCUAUUUAGUUGACAGUUAAUGGAAAUUACGCUAUUUAAUUUGCUUAAGUAUUUCGAACAUCUAAUAUUUCGGUACAAUCCAUGGUAUUGUAAAUUUUCAGAAGUUCUUUGAAUUUGUUUGACCAUCAAAGAGUAUUUUGUCAUUGGUAAUGAAAAUGUGGGAAUUUGUUACGGUACUAUUCACGGAUUUAGAGCAGAAUUAAUUGUAUGCUAUUAAUGUGACAGAAGUUCAAGAUGUGAUUCAUGUUUUAAGUAAGGAACUGCUUGUGUACAUUUGUUGGGGAAUUUUGCAACACAUUGACAUUCGACUGAGUUAAAUUGUAAGGAUCUGCAUGAAUUUCGCAGUGGCAGUCUCAAACUAUUUUCUGCAGGAUAGAGAUUUGCGAAUAGUUGUGAAAGUUUCAGCAUUCCACAUUUAGAGUGAAACUUUAAAGUAAUAUGUAGGUUUUGUAUUUGUUUCCUCGCAGUGGUAAGGAAUUUGCAUUUUAUGUCACAAGUGUUAACUUUGAGGUGUAGUAGUGUUAAAAUCGGUAUGUUGGUUGGGUGGAACGUGCAUUAGAGCUGUACAAUAUAUGAGACUGUAAUCUUGGUGUUGAGACUAUUAAGGGGCUAUCAAAACAAGUCAUGUUUAGUUAGUAAUUAUUACAGUUGAACCCCUUAUUUACACACUGUAAUCUCCCAUUCCUCUACAUUUCAUACCAUCCUAUAUAGUUCUAAUACAAUAUGCAUUGACCUCUCUCCUUCCUUGCUAAGUGUAAAUAAUGGGUUUUACUGUAUUUAUAAAUUUGCUAGGAUACCAUUUAUUGUAAUUUGCAAUUGUUUUGUUUUUCUGUACAUCUAUAUUUAAUAAAGCCAGUCUUGUAAUCUGUAAAAUAAUUUCUGUAGGAUUGUAGAAAGAUUUUAUUCAAUGUGUACAUUCUUUGACCAUCUGUCUUAUUGAUGCUUUGUUUCUGUGAAAUUAGGUUUGAAGUUUAGGUUUGCAUGAGUGAUCCACAUUUGCAUAUUUUCACCUAAGUGUAAAAUUUGCAUAUUUAUGUAACAAAAUGGACUCCCCGAGGUAAACUAAUGCCAUGUUCGGUAUUUUUGUGUGUUAAAAGUGUGUACGUUGUAUAUUGGAUGUCUAGUGGAAACAAUUGUAACAUGUGUCUUAUACAAGUUUUCUCUUUUAAGAAUACUAUCUGGUGAGCAAUGUGCUAGCUAGUGAUGGUUGCGUUGCAAUACAGUAUGUUUCUGCAUAUGUGUAGGAAACAUAUCUAAAAGAAUGUAACAGUUACUAAUAUGUUGCCCUGAUAGCUUUCAUAGAAGAGACAUGUUGGAAUGAUACUGUUGAUCAUGUGUGCAUUUCCUUCCUAGGGAAAUUGUCUGACUGUUCAAAAUGUAGAUGUUUAAAUGCAUAUAGUUUAAAAGAUUACAGAUUUGAGGCAUUGUAAAACUACCUAAUAUAGGCAACAAUUUUUCUUGAAAGGUGGGAAUGGGGAGAAAAUAAUAUUUUAAACUUUGCUAUAGGUUCAGAAUAUGUUCUUUCAGUGGUAAGCUACUUUUUUUUUUCAGGCUGUGUUCCAAGUAUAAUUUUAAAAAUAACUUCACUUUUGGUCAUCAUGGUACAUUUAGAAAUGCUGACAAGUGUAAGGAUGUUUUCAUUACACCAAGCCAUGUAUUUGCCACUUAUCAUUCAAUGAAAUGCUUAAAGAUUUUGUUACUAGUCAAUUUUUUUUAUUCUUGUGUACAUGUCAUCAUAACAUCUUGACUUUAACUAUUUGAGGAUAUACUGUGCCGGACAUUAUACAAAGCAUUUCUUUUUAAAAAAUCAGGCAAACAUGUUACGUCAAACUGUUGCUUAUACACAAAAUUAAAUUGUGUGCUGAAAUUAAAUGUAUUAAAUAUAUGACCACAAUUGUUUUUCCCACAAAAUAUUGAAGUAAAAUUCAAAAACUA